ACAUGUGAAGGUGGAUGUUCCUGAUAAACUAGGAUUUACUGCUCUGAUGGUUGCUUCGCAGAAAGGAUAUGAUGGACUUGUGAAAAUACUGGUAGAGCAUGGAACAGAUGUAAACGAGAAGAAUGGAAGUGGAAAGGACAGCCUAAUGUUAGCUUGUUUUGCUGGUCACCUGGAUAUUAUUAAAUAUCUCAAAGAACAAGGAGCUUCUUGGAAAGUCAGAGAUCUGGGAGGUUGUACAGCUUUGCACUGGGCUGUGGAUGGAGGACAUUGUGAAGUUAUUGAAUGGCUGAUUAACGAUGGCUGUCAGGUAGAAGUUAAAGACACAUGCUUAGAAUGGACACCGUUGAUGAGAGUUUCUGCAGUAACAGGGAAUAAGGAUGUGGCAUCUCUUUUAAUUGAUGCAGGAGCAGAUGUGAAUGUGAAAGAUAAAGAUGGCAAGACACCUUUAAUGGUGGCAGUAUUAAAUAAUCACGAGGACCUGAUUCAGUUGCUGCUGGAAAAAGGAGCAGACCCUACUGUUAAAAAUGAGUAUGGCAAGGGUCUCCUAGAAAUGGCUAGAGGUUUUCACAGACACAGUGUGGUCACCAUGUUAGAAGAAAAGAUGAGACAAUUACGUGACAACACCAAUCUUCCUCCACCGACUCUUGAGUCACAGGCACGUGAGGCAACUAAAUAAAAGAAAAGGAGUGUUUUUCUACCAAUAAGGUGAAAACAUGAAGACUGGCCUUCAGUUAAGCACUAGAACUCCUUUGUUUUACUUUAUAUUGGUCAGUUGUUACAGAUUCUUGGACACUCAUUAAAAUGUGUAGCUCUGCUUCCUCUUGAA